AGGGAAGGUGAACUCCGGAGUUGUCGCCCCGCCGCCGGGGCUCCCCUUCCCCCCUACACCGCGCCCCGCAGUCGCCACAGCACAAGAGUGAGCUCGUCCAUUUGCCCGCGACCCGCCUUACAGCGCGCACGCACCGUCGUUUGAGCCUUUGAGAUUACGAUUAUAAAAAUUAAAUAAUUUUAGUUAAAGUUUUGUCUCAUUUCUGAACCUCUUUAACAGUUCAGAAGUGCGAUCGAGCUUACUUUUAAUAAGUAAACAUCACCCGCCCACUACCUUCAAAUAUUGUUAUUGUGGUUUGUGAUGGAUGAAGAUUUUGAAGAAUCACGUUCGCGCUCGCGCUCCAGGCAGCGUUCGCGCUCUGGGCGACGUUCGCGACGUAAAUCGCGUACCAGGCGACAUUAUAGUAAAAGUAGAUCAAGAGGGCGUACUCCAAAAAGUAGAAAGUCGAUUAAUAUUGAUGUUGAUUUAGAUACAAGGCUUAACAAAUUAGAACGUUUGAUGAAAAAAAUGAUAAGUUCAAGUUCUCAAGGCUCGAAGACGGUGGAAAAUAAGUCAAAGAGACAAAAUAACAUAACCUCCGCCAUUUCAGUUACAUUAGACCCGACAAAUGAUGGCGCUACCUUAUCAACUACGCCACCGAUAGCAAGGUCUACUCCCGAGCUUGGCAGCGAUGGCGCUGUGUUGUCGGCGGGCGGUUUGACGUCGUCCGGGGCGUGCGGGGAGCGCGCCAUACCCCGGUCGCCGCUGCUGCCGGUGCCAGCUGCCGCCGCCGCGGCCCGGUGCGCGGCAAGACAGCCUGUCGCGGCUUCGUGCUCGAGAGCGAGCUGCAACUCUUUCUCAGUUUGUACACAGGACCAAGGUCAGAUGAACAAAUUACUAUCGGGCUCUGAUAAUAUACCUGAUUUUAACGGUGAUGCAUCAAGUGACAUGACAGUUCAAUGUUGGAAAAAACUGUUACUAGGAACAAAAUGUGAUCAACCAGAUCAUGUCAUAACCGACGUCAUUAUUUUUACGUUGAACGAUCCUUUGUUGACGACCGGCGCGCGGGGUGCCGCUUGCCGUGAUACUAAAAGUUUAUUGAAGUACUUAACAGAUUCUGGUUUUGAUUGUUCAAAUAAAAGUAAGGCUAGUUCAGUUAGCAACGAUGCGGGUAGAUCUUACACAGGGCGAAAACAGCCUCAGCGCGAUGACGUCACUUGCUAUAAAUGCGGUAUUAAAGGUCAUAUCUCUUCGAGUUGCACAAAAACUGAUGUAAAGCAAUGUGAUCGUUGUUCUAAAUAUGAGCACGUUAGUGUUGAUUGCAAAGAGCACAGACAUUGUACUAGUUGCGACAAGUGGGGCCACGUUGCUGACAACUGUAUUCGCAAGAAAGACAAACCUAUUAAAAUUGUUUAAUAUGUAAGAUGUUGAUGUAUAUGACAGAAAAUAUCACAAAACUGUUUGAUUAAUCAAUCAUGUUGAGUUAAUCGCACCCGUGAAUUUUGGCAGCACUAUUAACACUAUUGCUAAGGCGGUCGUGGUCGUACGGGUUUGCUGUUAAAGUUAGAAGUUACCUUAUGACAGCUUUUAUUUUCAUAACUCGUAUUGCAGUGGAUCAAGAGUCAACUACAGAGUUAUUUACGCAGUCAAUCAGCUGAUACUGUAGUAGAAAUAGGUUAGAUGAGUACCGUAGUACUAAUCUGGCAUCUGAUGAAUUGAUGAUUGGAUAUUAUUUAAUCAAUGGUACAACACAGUUUUCUUCUCAAGAUGUUAAAAAAAGUUCUAUUUAAACUGUUAUGAACCAAUUAUGAUAAUUAAGGACACUGUGAUGAUACAGUUAUUGUGCGAAUUCCUCGUGGUCGUAAUAGCACAUUUUAUAGGGGCUAUGUUUAAUUUAUUUAUAUUAAUGUGUCGGAAAACUUGACGCUUAUCUAUUCGUGCUACCAGUCAUAUAAAAUGUAUGUCAUUUCAAGAAGAAGCUGAAGUUAAACAAUUUUUUUUGGCGGUUUACUAGAUCAAGUAUUAUUUUACUCAGUUAUUUUUUAUGCACACUUGCAUAAGUCGCAUAAUACCUGCAUAAAGAAAAUUAUGGGCUGAGUAUUGAGAUUGCUCGGUUACAUAUUGGCAUUAUUUCAGUGAUACUCAGGUAUAAAGUGGCAUUAAAUAUUAACGGUUAAUGACUCUAUAAGGCAAAGUCCGAAAAGUUUAUUAUUUUCAUCUUCAUUUUCAGUUCCUUGUGUAGACACAUUUUCACAUGAAGACAAUAGUUUCUAUUAUCUGCCUGUACUCAAAAUAAAAUAUUUUAUACGCACGAAAUAAUGCGUCAGAUAAUAUAAGAAAACAUGACCAGUAGUUAUUUUUUAAA